AUGGUAAUGAUGGCUAAAUCUCCACCGUACAUGGAAUGUGCAUGUGAGCAAGAAGGGGCGUAUGCUGCCUUGGAUGAGCUGGGCGUUGUGAAGGAGGGGGGGGAAGAUUGGCUAGGAAUGCGAGAACGAAGAAAAAUGUUAGCUGUGUAG